CAUCCUGGGCACGCUGGCCGCCUGCUACCUCACCCUGGUCAUUGUCCUGAAAUACCACCUGCAGGCAGAGAGCCUGGGCUCCCCCGAGCCCCCCCAGCCCUCCAGGGCCUCCUCCUGGGCCUCCAUCUUCAGUGUCAUCCCCACCAUCUGCUUCGGCUUCCAGUGCCACGAGGCCUGCGUGGCCAUCUACAGCAGCAUGCGCAACCAGAGCUUCUCCCACUGGGUCGCUGUGUCCGUGCUCUCCAUGCUUGUCUGCCUGCUCAUCUACUCCCUCACCGGGCUCUACGGUUACCUGACCUUCGGCGAUGCCGUGGCGUCCGAUGUCCUGAUGUCCUACCCAGGGAAUGACCCAGUCGUCAUUGUCGCCCGCCUGCUCUUUGGCGUCUCCGUUGUCACCAUCUACCCCAUCGUGGUGCUGCUGGGCAGGUCGGUGGUGCGGGAUGUGUUCACGAAUCCCAAGCGCGGGGUCACGGAGGUGCCCGAGGCCCACGAGCGGCGGAGCCGGGUGGCGCUGACGGUUGCCUGGAUGGCCACCACGCUUGCCAUCGCCCUGUUCGUCCCUGACAUCGGCAAGGUCAUCGAGCUCAUUGGGGGCAUCAGCGCCUUCUUCAUCUUCAUCUUCCCAGGGCUGUGCCUGGUGUGCCUGACUGGGACCCACACCCUCGGGCCACGCAAAAAGGCUGCGCUCAUCGCUUGGGGGGUCCUCUCCGUGCUCGGCGGAGCCUUCGUCUGCGGGCAGAGCGCUGCCCUGGCCGUGCUGGGGCUGCUGCGCUGA